CUAGCUGAUUGCAGCUCAGAACUACAAGGGAGCCAUUCGUCAUUGAGAAAAUGAAUCAUGUUUUCUACCCCGGUAAAUAAUCCCACAAUGCUGGAUCAGCCAAGGUAUCAGUUUGACUAUCUGGCUUGGCUAUUGAGUGGAUUCUGAGAACUCUUCUAAGAACGCAAUCUCCUCAUAAUGGAGCCACAGGCCCUGAAAGGAAAAACCAAACUUGCUCAGUUCACAAAGGAAGAGUUACAUUUGUUAUACGAAGAAGCCUUGUAUACCUUUAUUCAUCGCAAUGGUAAAGCUUCAGCAUCCCACAAUGCAGACGAGAAAGAGCUCCUUCAUUACCUGCAGAAUGCUUUCCAGAUGGACGAAGAAGAACACAGAGGUAUUCUGGAGCAGAUCAAGCAGCUAAAGCCACCCACUGUCUUCCUGAAGUUAAUAGUGAAGGAAGCCCAGGGAAUCUUGGCCAAAGAUGCAACUGGCUACAGUGAUCCUUAUUGUUUGUUGGGGGUGAUGGUACCUGAAGAGCACCAAGAUGAAGAGGCCAGCAAAGCAGAUAGUCCCCUGCCCAGGAGACGACAGAAAGCUAUUGUAAAAGAUUCAAUUCCUCAGGAUCAAAUUCAGAGAACAGAAGUCAAGAAGCAGACCCUGAAUCCCAUUUGGAAUGAAACAUUUCUCCUUCAAGUCAAGGAUGUCCAACAUACUGAAUUGCACAUGGACAUGUGGGACCUGGAUAAUGAUGAGUCUGUGAAACACCGACUGGGAGAGAUCCAAGGCAUUGUUGGACUGAAGAGGAUUUUCAAAGAUGUGAAGAAGGCUGCUCGAAAGCAUGAACAGGACGAUUUUCUGGGAAAUGUGAUCAUUAAAUUACAGGAUCUGCCAUAUACUCCUGAAGAUAAAUGGUAUUCUCUAGGACCUUGUACUGAGACAUAUCCUGAUCGUGGGAAAUGCCAUCUCCAGCUAAAACUUAUCCAUGAAGAGAGGGAUACCUCACUGAGCAAACAAGAGCCAGUGUUCCGCAUCCAUCGCAAUCUGCUGCAACAAUUUGUACAGUAUGAUCGACUGCAGAAGCAGGCUGAGGUUAUCCAAGGGGAAAUGGAACUCAGUACAUCAGCCAUCACCAUCUUGUCACUUCAUGCUACACAGAAUGACCUCUCACCCUUCCACCAAGAUCUGGCGAAGUGGUUGGCCUAUAGCAAACUGUACCGCCAUGUGGAAGUCAGCUUCAUCUCCUUGCUCCAACAUCUCACCAGCAUUGAAUACCAGUGGGGAUUGGCACAGGUCACACUGCAGCAAGAGGCCCAAGAUGAACUAGCUGAGUCUUUCAAGUCAUUCCUGGAUUAUGGAAUUUCUCUUAUCCAGAAGUACAGGGAUGUCUUUCCAAUGUUUGACAACAAGUCUACAGAACGCCAACAAUCUCUGCUCAGGGUCCUGGUGCAGAUCUGCAAGAUGAAGGCUUUUCUGAAACUCUGCCCUUCAGUUCCAGAUCUCCAUGACAGAGUUGUGGAAGCGAUUAAGAGUGGCACCAGGGACUGGUAUCAAGUCCAUAAACAAUUACUGGAACCCAUGAUAAAGACUGAGGAAGAAAUUGUGAAAUCGCUUGUGACGUUCAUAGACCACCUAAAUAAUGACCUAUUGAACGACCGGAAAAAACGGAUGAAGAUUUUCAUGGGCACUAUCAAAGUGAAUCUGUUCAAUAUCACCUACUUGCAGUUCCAGGAAUUGGUUGCUCAGGAUCUGCAGGAGCAAGUGAUAAAUAUUGGAGCUGGCAAGUCCAAGGUAACUGUUGAGGGUCUAUUCCAACUCUUCCAGAAGCUCAAACAGCUACAGCAUCAAAAAAUUUACUUAGUACCAAAUGACAUCCCUCUUCCAUUGGAUGGCUUCCACAAAUGGUUCAGUGAAUCUUUACCCAAGUGGUUGCAGAUGGUAUAUGAGAAUUCGGUGGAGAUGGUUCAGCGGGCUGUGUGGAAAGACCAGCUGGAGUCUCUGGGGGAUAAGAAUAAACACAGUACCUCUGUUGUGGAUAUUGGAACCUGCUUUGCCAAGAUCAAACACACUUGGACAGAGCUGAGUUGGCCAGAACCUGAAGAAGCUUUUGUCGUCAUGGUCAAGCUAACAGAGGACAUGUGCAAGAUUGCAUUGAUGUACUGUCGGCUGAUUGAAGAGAGGGCAGAAGAACUAUCAGUCAAGCACUAUCAAGUAAACACACGUGAUUCAGACAUCCAUGGAGUGAGGUCACUACAAUUAUGUGUCGUUCUCAAUAAUAUGAAGCAGCUAUGGGAGGUUAUCUCCAAGCUUCCAGAAGAACUAGACUGGCAAGGCCUGAAGGAAGACACCGCCGAUCUGAUUCCAGAGGACCAGAUCCAAAGCACACUCCACACUCAACUGGAAACAUUCAAUAGUUCAAUCAACAACAAGAUCAAAGGUGUGCUCCAAACCCUUGCACAGAAGCUGCAAGCUGACAUAAAGAUUCACAUCUACAACCUGUCAGCAUCCAGUGAUACCGUUCCAUUGGAUGAUAUGAUUGUUCCUUUAAUGAGCUUCCUGGAAAAUGAGUUUGCAUACAUGGACACCAACCUAGUGCAAGAAAAUUUUCAGAGCCUUCUAGGUUACCUUUGGACAGAUAUACUUGACAUCAUCUGCUCAAUGUCACAUCAAGGUGGUGUUUCUCAGAGGUUUUAUUUGAAGCUGAACCAUACUUUGGAGAAUCUGCUGAACUGUUUCCAUGCCGAGGGAAAUGGUUUGUCACUUAAUGAACUACAGACUACCAAUUUCAAGGAUCUGAAGGCUCACCUGUCUCUGAAUGCAGCAAGCACUCACGAGCUAGUCCAGAAGUUUUACGCAAAGAAAAUCCAGCAACAGACUGCUGAUGACUAUUCCAAGUAUGGUGCCGUGACUAUAAAAGUCUGCUACGACACUGAAGGGAAAAGGCUCCAUGUGGAAAUCCUAAAUGCUGUUAAUCUCAUGCCAUUGGAUUCCAAUGGUACCAGUGAUCCUUUUGUGGAACUGACGCUGGAACCCAAACACAUCUUUCCACUGGUAGAGAACAAAACAACUAGACGCAUAGAUAAUGACCUCAACCCGCUCUUUGAUGAGGCUUUCAAGUUCAGCAAUGUUACUUCAGAGCAGUGUCAGAGAGAGGGGGCCUGCCUACUUAUUACUGUAUUUGAUCAUGAUACAUUGGUCAGUGACGAUCUAGAAGGGGAAGCUUACUUCUCUCUGCAAGACAUCCCAGGACUGUACAGCACUGAGGAACCUCUCAACAUUAGCAAAGUUCCUCAGAGCCGAUUGGCUCUGAGCCAUCCAAAACCAAAUGAAGACAACAUAUUGAAGUUAUUAGAGGCACGAAAAGGAGAUAAAGAUGCUCAGGCAUUUGUCAAAAUACGAAGACAACGAGAAAGGAAGUCAAAGGAAAGAUAAAAGUUGCUGCGACCUUGCAUGCCAACACUGGAAGGAAUCCCAAACACUGGACUUUCAGGCACCUCAUCUCUUUGGCUCUGUAACAUUGAUGCACAAAUGCUUGAGACUGACUAACACUUAGCAUUAGGCUUUAAUGGUAAAUUGUGAGAAGUAUGAGAUAUUUACCAUUGUGUGUGUAUGAGGGUCUGCAGAUCAAGUUAGCCUGUCUCCCCACCAGUCUUGCUGUGUUAGUGAAGUCAGCUCCUGCUGUGAGAUUUUUGGGGCUUCAUUCUAUUGCUUUCUUUACUGAAAAGACCUUGAUUUCUUUUUGUCUUGAGCUAUUCCUUUUGACUUCUCAGACUCAUGGAGUGAAAAUUGGGAUUGUCUGCGCUUGCUUUUGUGUUGUCAUCUGUGAAAUGGCACCUGAAGUGUGCAUUCACAGAUCCUUGUACUGGACUCUAUACUGGUGAGGGCAUUUGUGUGCAGAGUGAAUGUCAGCUGUAUGUUUGCAGAGCCAGCAGAGAUCAUGAGAUCAAUCAAGAUGUUAUCUUUCACUGAUUUGAUAUCAGUGGUGCCAUUUUGGAACUCAACAGAUUACCAGUGUCUUCAGCCAAAUGUGCGUUUGUGUUUAGUUUGUGUUUUUGUCAUUUUCUUUAAUGCAAGAUUUGUGUUUGCCUCCAGCUUUUGUUUGCCACAGCUACCUGUAUCAGACUUUAUAAAAGCUUGGCCUUGAGUGGAAUCUGUCCUCCUUGAGCAUCUAACUUCAGGCUGAAUUUCAGUAAUGCUCAGAAAGUGCUCCAUUACUGGCAGUGUUACACUUUAUACAAAAUGUGAAAAUUCCCAUGAGUUCUGACCAAGAGUUCUCUCUGAUUUCCUGGAUGAUAUUUAUCCCUGGACCAAUACCUGAAAACAGAUUAUCUGCUCAUUUUGCUGUUUUGUAGGAUCUUGUAUGCAUCCUAGCUGUUGCCUGUCCAAUUUUGCAACAGUGACUAUAUUUCAAAAGUAGUUCAGUGACUGUAAAUCUCUUUGAGACAUUCUGGAUCAUGAAAGGUUUUAUAUAAAUGCAAUUCUGUCUGUAUUUCAUUGCUAUUUGUUGGACCCUUCUGUGUGCAAAAUUGUAUGAGACAAUUCUGAAAGGGGCGGGAAGGUUUUCUGAAUGUACCAUAUUGUAGAAGUUCUAUUUAUGCAUUAGGAUUGACUUUAUGAAUGUGUGCUUCCUGAGUAACCUGUGCUCAUCCGGUACACAAGAUAUUGUGGGGAAUACAUUGUGAUUUCUACACAGAAACUGUUAGUGGGUAAGGCUCCAUGGUGGGACUCUAGGUUCUCCAAAAUGGCCUUCUAAAGCCAUCUGAUAAUGGAUAGGCCUGGACACUCUGUGUGUCAAAUGCAUUAGGAAUGAAUUAAUAUCACUGUUCACAAGACAGAUUUUAUUUCUCAAAUAAGACACAUACCUCAGUUAAAAUGUCUCUUGUGCCAAUUACAAACAUUGAGUAAAUUGGAAUUUUUAGCAAGU